AUGGAUCGCAGGUCCGUCUAUGUUGUAGCUUUAUCUGCAUUGUCGUCGCCGGCGUUGGAGGUCAUUCUCCGGCCACACCUCCUGUGGUGUCCGCUCCGCCAGUUUCAGCUCCACCACCAUCCACUCUCUCUCUCGGCAACUCUCUCUUCCGGAAAACACACAGACAACGUCACUCACCUUGACUGCUUCAUGUUCUUCUUAGGCCGAACCUUCCACCAACAAAAAGCUUCUCCUCCUCCGGCUGUUCCAUCACCACCACAACCUGCUGCUCCACCUGUUCAGGUUCCGGCCCCAGCUCCGCGCAAGAAGCCAAAAUCUCCGUCGCCGUCGCCGUUGGCAGUGAGUCCUCCGGCACCGCCGACGGCAGCACCAGCGCCGACCAACGGGGGGGCUACAUCGCCUUCACCGUCUGCUCCCGAAACAAGUGGGGUGGAGAAGUCGUGGUCCAUGGAGAAGAUGGUCAGGAGCUUGAUCUUUGGAUGGUCUCUCCUUUGUUUGCUAUUCUGA